UACUUUUGUCGGCCGUUCGUCUCCGUUCGUCUGCUCGACGGAUAAGCGCGAUCGUUCCUCGAGUGUCCUCGAGCGAUCGGCGCGCGGAUCGACCGGAUUGACUGACGUGGUGAGUCGAGAGUGGAUGGUGGAUGCGCGGCGGCCACAUCGGCGAGUGUCGGCCGUCGGGUGUCAGUGUCGGUGACCAGUGCCAACGGUGCCAACCAGUGCCGGAUUGCCACUACUGCCAGUCAAGUUACAUCAAGUUACGUGCAAAUGGUAUGCGGACGUUGAAAUCGUGGAGUGGUGCGACGACGAUUGUGCGACUAAUAUCUUCUCGGUCGUUUCACACGGGAUCGUUGAACAGAUCUCGAUAGAAUGGUUCUGUUCACGAUAAUCGCGAGAGUGGCGGAUGGUCUGCCGUUGGCGGCCACCAUGCAAGACAACGAGCAGGAUGGUAAGAAUAUUGUGGAGUAUCAGAAUCAAGCAAAGAUGCUGUUCAGAAAGUUAGGCCCUCAAUCUCCGACAAGGUGUACCCUUGAAACUGGACCAUAUCUUUUCCACUAUUUAAUCGAAAAUGAGGUGUGUUAUCUGGUAUUGUGCGAAAGAAAUUACAGUACACGCAUAGCUUACAGUUAUCUGGAAGACAUAGCGCAAGAAUUUCAUGCUCAGUAUGGUAAACGUGUAAAUACAGUGACCAGGCCUUAUACUUUUAUUGAAUUUGAUACAUACAUUCAGAAAGCCAAGAAGAUUUUCACAGACAGUAGAUCUCGGAGGAAUUUGAACACGCUUAACACCCAGUUGCAAGAUGUGCAAAGAAUCAUGGUACAAAAUAUUGACGAUGUUUUACAAAGGGGGACUGUACUCUCAGAAUUGGAUACAAAGACACAAAAUUUAUCCAUGCUGUCGCAGAAGUAUAAAAAAGAUGCGAGACAUCUAAACAGUAAAUCAAUGUAUGUGAAAGCUGUUGCUGGUCUUGUUGCAUUUUUGGUCUUCCUUUUAUAUUUCUUUAUUCUUUAGUUAAAUAACACGAGUAGAAAAACUUCAAUGAUACACAUCAAAGAUAUUCCAUUUUUAAGAAUAGAUAGAAUAUUUUCGUUCAUCUCGCGCCAAUUGUGGAUUAUUCAUGAUUCCAACAUCCGUUUAUGUUUAUAGAAGAGAAAAAUUAAAAUUUUAUGUACAAGAUAAAAAUUGCACAAAAACAAUUAUAUUCAUGUAUUCAAACUGGUCUAUGUAAAAAUUAUGUUUAUAAAAAAUAGUAUAUAAUUAUAUAACAAAAUAUUUACGAUUUUUUAGUGGUAUUCAAUAACAAAAAUUACAUUAUUGUUAUGUAGAAAUAAAAAUAUAUACAAUUUUUAUUACAUUAUUUCUGUUGAGUUGUUCUAGUAAUCUUACGUAAAGGAUCUAGUAAUCUCUCAAAAAAAUGUAUGUAUAUUGUAUAAUACAAAAUGUAUGAACACUUUUUUAAUAUAUGUAGCAAAUAUUUGUGUAAUCUAUUUCCGUAGUUUGUUUAUGGUAAAAAAUAAAUUGCCUUUAAAUUACU